UUGGUGCGAGGGGUCGACUGCCCGUACUCAGCCACAUAUGUCGACACUCACUCUCUCUCUGCGACCCUGAGGCCCAUCAUGAUAAAGGCUUCUCUCUGCAUCUUUGAGCAGAACCUGGGCUCCCCGCUCAGGCGCCACUACUCCAACUUGCAGUCUCUCUACUACGGAGGGCUGGUCAACUCUGCACUGGUCGUUCGGUCCAUUACGACUGUGGGCAGCCAUGACUACGUGUGGGACUUCAUCUUCUACCAGAACGGGGCCAUGGAAGGCAAGGUCCAGGCCACGGGGUAUGCCAGCUCGUCCUUUCUCCACGGGGAUGGUCUGAGAUAUGGCAAUCGGGUUUGGGAGCACACACUGGGGACCAUACGCACCCAUUCCAUCAACUAUAAAGUGGACUUGGAUGUUGGAGGAGUGAAAAACUCCCUGGUGGCCCACGACAUGGCUUUUGAGAUGACACGGGCUCCCUGGAGCCCAGAGCAGCAGAUAGAGCGGCCGCGACUCACCAAGAAAGUCCUGGACACGGAGGACCAGGCUGCCUUCCGGCUCCAGUCGAAGAUGCCCAGAUACAUCUACUUUGCGGCCAACAGCAAAAACAAGUGGGGCCACCAGCGUGGUUACAGGAUCCAGAUCACCAGUUUCGCAGGGGACCAUGUUCCUGAAGCCAGCUCCAUGGAGAGGGGCAUCAGCUGGCCCAGGUACCAGCUGGCUGUCACCCGGCGGAAGGAGGAGGAGCCCGCCAGCACCAGCAUCUACAACCAGAACGACCCCUGGACGCCCACCGUCGCCUUCGCCGACUUCAUCAACAAUGAGACCAUCACCAACGAGGACCUGGUUGCCUGGAUAACCACUGGUUUCCUUCACAUCCCCCACUCUGAGGAUAUUCCCAACACUGUGACGGUGGGAAACGCUGUCGGCUUUCUCCUGAGACCCUACAACUACUAUGACCUGGACCCCUCCAUAUAUUCGCCCGAUGGCGUGUUUUUCACCAGCGAGCAGGACUUCACUGCAUGUGAAAUUAACCCGAUUGCGUGCCUGCCCAAAACUGCCUCUUGUUUGCCAAACUUCCCCCCGUUCACCUAUGAUGGUUUCCAAAAUAUGAGCAGGCUUUAA